CCUCAAGCUCUCCCGAUCCUUCCUCACAGGAGUAGCAGAAAAAUGCAGCACGCCAUCUCUCUCUUCCCUUCUCCACUGAGUCCAGCAGAGGAGCAACCGAGCAGGCAAAAGCAAAUUGCUCUCCUCCUCUCGGUGGCUUCACCUGCAAGGCAUGCUCCACAGGCAUAUACAUGCACACAGCACACACUCGAGCAGGCAGCCAUAGCAGCCACCCUCUCACUCCUUGCUCUCUCUCUCCACUGCUUGUUCUUCACUGAGCGCAAGCAACAGCAGCAGCAGCCCGUCUCUUCUGCUGUCUCGGCCACGCGCAAGCAGCUCAGCAGCAACAGCCAUAGCUCUCUCGUGCUCUCUCUCUCAGCAAAACGACGAGCAGCUCCUCCCUCCUGCUCUCGCGGCCACGCAGAGCUAAAGCUAGCACCUUCUUCCCCGAGCCGGCGCUGCAGCAAGGCUCCACCGCCGCCGAGCGAAGUUCGUCGUUGCCCAACCACUCCGGACCUGCAGGAGCUUGGAGCAGCCUCACCGGACCGAGCCACUUCGAGCUCACCUGCCACGGCGCCGACCGCCGGUUCUCCAACCUCAUCGUCGAUCUUGCUGCUGCGAGCCCUCCCUGACCCGUCCAAUCCCGCGGGAACUUCGACCCGGCGAACGAGGCGAACGAGGCUGUCCCCGAAGGUUCCCGCAAUGGUGAUCGUGACUCGGGUAGCUGUGAGCGGCAGCUAGGGCAGCAAGGCAAGCAUCUAUCAUAUUGCACCGUGUCUACUUGAAAAUCUAAUAUG